AUUAGACCGGCCCAAAAUUUCAAUAUUCCAAAUCCAACUCGAAGAAUGCAGCUCGCAGGGGAAGAGGCAGCAUCGCAGCAGAUUAGCCGUCCGCAAUAGGACACCGCAGCGUUCCGUUUCGUCAAAACCCCAAAUCCCAACCUAAGCUCCGCACUUGGACGGCGCACGGAGGUUCAGGCGCUCAGCACUUGGACAGUUGGACGGCGCACGGCGGUUUUCCAGUUUGGACUGCUUCACUGUUUAGUUUCUGGCUUUCUGCAAUUCUGCUAUUGGGUCGUCAACUGGGACUCUGGAUCUGCGGCCUGCGGAACUAUCUAACGGCUAAAGCAUGCCUAAGGUAAAGACAAACCGUGUCAAGUACCCAGAAGGAUGGGAACUGAUCGAGCCUACUCUUCUUGAGCUACAAGCUAAGAUGAGAGAAGCUGAGAAUGAUCCGCAUGAUGGGAAAAGGAAGUGUGAGGGUUUAUGGCCCAUCUUUAAAAUUUCUCAUCAGAAGAGUCGCUACAUCUUUGACCUCUAUUACAGAAGGAAAGAAAUUUCUAAGGAAUUGUACGAGUUUUGCUUGGAUCAGGGUUAUGCAGACCGCAACUUAAUUGCCAAGUGGAAAAAGCCAGGGUAUGAACGCCUAUGUUGUUUGAGGUGUAUCCAACCUCGGGAUCACAAUUACCAGACCACUUGUGUGUGUCGGGUUCCUAAACAUCUUAGGGAGGAGGAGGUCAUAGAAUGUGUCCAUUGUGGCUGCAAAGGGUGUGCGAGCGGAGAUUAAUGUCUUAUUCCUGCUAUUUAUAAGUAUGACUACGGGGGCUUGUAUGAUGAUGCACUAAUUAAUUAGCCAUCUGUGAGAUUGGUUUUGUGCUACCUUCCCUUUUUGUUCUUUCUUGUAUUCAACAAGCACUAUUAUGGUUGAAGAUAAAUCAGUAGUCUUGUCAGAUUAACAGAGAUUAUAUGAUGAAAUAUAUGCAUAUGUAUAUAUAGACCUGUCCG